CCCCUCUCUCUCUCUCUCUCUCUCUCUCUCAUUUCCUUGCACACACUCACUCUCACACACAGCGAACAGUAGUCAGAAAGUCAACCGGAAAAGAGGAUCUCUGUUUUCAGCUUGGUGAUUUAUAGUUACAGCAGGAUAAUGGCGCACGAGGAAAAGGCAAACUCCUGUGGAACAAUAUGCCUUAAAUACCUGCUAUUCACCUUUAAUCUGCUUUUAUGGUUGUCUGGUGGUGCUGUGAUGGCAGUGGGACUCUGGACUUUAGUGGAUAAGAGUGACUACAUUAGUCUGCUGUCGUCCAGUACAUAUUCAUUUGCUGCCUACAUCCUUAUUGCAGCAGGAGCCGUUGUCAUGCUCACUGGAAUCCUUGGGUGCUGUGCCACCAUCAAGGAGAACAAAAGACUUCUGAUAGUGUUCUUUGUUCUGCUGCUGUUGAUAUUCCUGCUGGAGAUCAUUGCUGGAGUUUUGGCCUAUUGGUAUUAUCAAGAGUGUUUUCCUUUCUGCUAUAAGCUAAACAAUGAACUGAGAGCGGAUCUGAAAGAGACCAUGGUGCAGAAAUACCAGCAGCCUGGCCAGGAGCAUAUCACCAGAGCUGUGGACAAACUCCAACAGGAUCUGAAGUGCUGUGGCAGUAACAGCUCGUCAGAUUGGAAGGAGGGCGUCUGGAUACACACGUCUGCUGACAGGCGGCUCGUACCUGACAGCUGCUGUAAGACCCCUACUGAUCGCUGUGGAAUGAGAGACCACCCGUCAAAUAUCUACAAAGUUGAGGGUGGUUGCAUCUCCAAAUUAGAGGAGUUUAUUCUUGAACACCUGGUGAUAUUAGGCGGUGUGGGUGUUGGAAUUGCAUUCCUACAGAUUUUUGGGAUGCUCUUUACCUGCUGUCUGUAUCGAAGUUUAAAAGAGGAGCCCUACUAAGACCAUGCAUCCUGUACUCAAACACCAAAUCUACACACAGAGAGUCCUCACACAUUUUACUUUUGCAUUAAUCUUUCUGAUGUGCUGCUAUGCAAUGUAAAUAUUUUGUGUAAAGUGAUGAAGGAAAGUAGACCAUAGUGAUAUACAGUAUUUUGGCUGCAGGGCAGUCAUUUAAAAAGGAAAAGCAUACGAAUGAAUGAAACUGACUUGAUGUGCAUAAAGCUUUGAUGUGCCUGAUAGUCAAUGGAUAUGUAAUUCCUGCAACAGUUUCUUUACUUCAGAUAUGUAUUAUUACUUCUGUAUCAGUUCCCAUAUCUCUACUUCCAGUUAAAUUCACUUGCUGAAAAAAAAUGCUGUUUGGUCUGACCAGCUAUUAAUCAGACAGGGCAAGCUGAUCAAGAUAGUAGACUGUAGUUGCCUGAUAAUAAAUUACUGUUCCAGGUUCCCUAUUACUUCAUUAAAAUUAGUAAAUGCAUGCAAUUUUUGGGUGAUUUUAGGUCCAAGGCUUAACUCUGUUGCCAUAUACCUUCCGCUGCAUCUACAGUCCAAAAACAUUCUAUUUUCAAAUUGUGAGUAGUGUAUAAUUGGUUGUGUCAAUGUGUGCAUUUGUGCCCUGCGAUGAGAUAAGACUCCUUGCAUGAUCUUUCCUGCCUUGUACCCCGAGUUCCCUAGGAUAAGUCCCCCAUAAUGCUACACUGGAUAAGCAGUACAGAAAAUGGAUGAAUGAAUGAGUAAAUGAAAUUUGAGAUACUGCCUGUGUUUUGGAAUAAAAUUUGAGACACUGCCUGUGUUUUGGUACCUGGUCAGACCAAGAUGAUUUUUAUUAGGGCAGUACAAAUUGAAACAAAGGUUCAUUACUAUUUUGUCCUCAAUGUUUUAUAUAUAUACUAAUAGUUCAAGAGAACAUAAAGCUGUAAUACAAGAAUAUUGCUUUGCACUGCUACUGUAAUGUAUUAUAUUUGAAUGUAUUUUUGAAAUUACCUUUAAACUGUAUAACAAAGUAAACAUUGAAAAAAUAUAUAUAUUUCACAGUAUGUAUAAUUUAUACUUGGACUGUAUCCGGUCAGUUAUUUCAGGCUGUAUAAAAGCUUUUGUUAUAUAAAUAAAUUAAAUUGAACUUU